ACUGAGCUGCACAUUCACCAUAAAGGUCAGACUUCAGCGCUUCGGCGGCUGGAAAUAAAACUUACUGCGUCGAUUGUGCUGCUGCUCUGCGAGCUUGUUAGUCUUCUUUUUUGCCUGUGUUCGUCUAGGCUUGGAUUUAGGUCGAGAAUAAGCCGCGGAGUAAAUCGAUAGUUGCAUCAACAAGGCUGCAAAAUAAUAAUAAUCCCGUUUGGAUGAGCUAUGCUCCACUGUGGAGGACGCUGGGAUGACUUUAUGGCUUUUAAAUGGGAAAACUCGGCUAUGAGGCACUUUACGUUUUGAUCAUUUGGGCUGACAACCUGUGGAUGAGCCUGGAGAAGAAAAAGAAGCCCAUCAUGGCCACAACUUAAAGCUCUAGACGCCAUUAGCUGGGUAUUAGUUUUGUAUUUGUAUUGGGUCCCAUGCUUGUCUUAGUUUGGUGGUCACUCUAGUCUGCUCCUAUGGGCCUCUAACACCAAAAACCAAGGGCCCCACUUCUUCUUCUUCAACUUCUUGGACAAAAUAGGCUCUCCUCUGCAUUGAUAGGCUUUGCAAGACACCCAGCUGCUGUCUAUAUCUGUUUAUAUUUGUGUGUCAAGAUGUCGUCUGGGAUCUCAGCCACUGAAAAGGUGGAUGGAUUCACUAGGAAGUCCAUGAGAAAGGCUCAGAAGCAGAGGAAAGCCCAGGGAUCAGCCCAUUUCAGGACACAGGGAGGAAGCCUGAGCCCUGGUGAACUUUCAGCCUUGCCCCAGCUCAGAGAUGCUCCGUCCACAGAGCAGCAGGAGUUGUUCCUGCAGAAGCUCCAGCAGUGCUGUAUACUCUUCGACUUCCUGGACACAGUCACUGACCUGAAGAGUAAAGAGAUCAAGCGGGCCACUCUGAAUGAGCUGGUGGACUACGUGUCCACUAACAGGGGCGUACUGGUGGACUCGGCCUACCCUGAAAUCAUCAACAUGAUCAGCAGCAACCUGUUCAGAACUCUGCCUCCCAGUGAAAACCCUGAUUUCGACCCAGAAGAAGAUGAACCCACACUGGAAGCCUCGUGGCCUCACAUGCAGGUGGUGUAUGAGUUUUUCCUGCGUUUCUUAGAAAACCCAGACUUCCAGCCGAGCACCGCCAAACGUUACAUCGACCAGAAGUUUGUGCUGCAGCUGUUGGAGCUGUUUGACAGUGAAGACCCCCGUGAGAGAGAUUUUCUGAAGACCAUCCUCCAUCGGAUCUAUGGAAAGUUCCUGGGUUUGCGUGCCUUCAUCCGCAAACAAAUAAACAACAUUUUCUUACGGUUCAUUUAUGAGACUGAACACUUUAACGGAGUGGCUGAACUCCUGGAGAUAUUGGGCAGCAUCAUCAAUGGGUUCGCUCUGCCUUUGAAAGCUGAACACAAGCAGUUCCUGAUGAAGGUGCUCAUUCCAAUGCACACAGCCAAGGGGCUGGCACUGUUCCAUGCACAGCUGGCCUACUGUGUGGUUCAGUUUUUGGAAAAGGACCCCACACUCACAGAGCCGGUGAUCCGGGGGCUUCUGAAAUUUUGGCCUAAAACCUGCAGCCAGAAAGAGGUUAUGUUUCUGGGGGAAGUUGAGGAGAUUUUGGACGUCAUUGAGCCGACUCAGUUUAAGAAGGUUCAGGAGCCUCUUUUUAAACAGAUCUCUAAGUGUGUGGCCAGUCCUCACUUUCAGGUAGCAGAACGGUCGCUGUAUUACUGGAACAAUGAGUACAUCCUGAGUCUGAUUGAGGAAAACAUUGACAAGAUCCUGCCCAUAAUGUUCGGCAGCCUGUACCGGAUCUCUAAAGAACACUGGAACCAGACGAUUGUAGCUCUUGUGUACAACGUGCUGAAAACUCUUAUGGAGAUGAACAGCAAACUGUUUGACGAGCUCACAGCCUCAUAUAAAGCCGAAAGACAACGAGAGAAGAAGAAGGAGCAGGAGAGAGAGGAGUUGUGGAAGAAGCUGGAGGAGCUGAGGCUGAGCGAAAUCUCCAAAAACCAGAAUAACACUCAUGGCCUCCAGAACAGCAACAACAACAACAGCAGCGGCGAGCCAGAGGACCACAGCAGAAUCAGCACCACGGACAGCAUUAACACCAAAAGCUACACACUAAACGUGCAAUGUGCCAAAUGACACAGGACUGCUUUAUUACUUAAACCAUGAGGGUUUAAAACCAGCAGCAAACGGGAAGAUGGGAUCUGUAGGGACAUUUAAAACUGAAAAAUCAUUAAAAAAAACUAUAUAGAUCUAUACACAAGUACUUUAUUCUCUUUUUUGGCAGAAAAUAAUAUAUUUGGACUAUGAGAAUAUUUUUGGAUGUUAAAGUGCGGUCAUAUUACUUUUUUUGUGUCUGGUCAGAGAUUUUAACCUCCUUACUUGUAAUAAGGCCUAAUUUAGAGCUUGACAGUACAAGAGCAUGCUCUUAAAGUUGCACUUUACUGUACUGGGGUUGGGUGACUCAUGUCCAAAGAGAGAAAAACAAUCAGUAGCAUUGUGUUAGCUCAAAUUUAAUCUAUGUAUGUGAGCUAUUUGGUUUUUCAGCCUAUAUGUGAUUAAUCAGCCACCUGAAAGAGCUAUAAGUAAGCUUUAACAAGAAAUUGGGCAGUUCUUUUAGAAUCUGCAAUCAUUUACGGUUUGAUUCAGUUUUUAAACCACUGCUUACUGACCACUUUAUAUAAUAACACACCUCUCCCCAAUCUACCUUAUACAUCCACUUACUCAUGACACAUGGUGGUGGCAGCUCUGUGAACACUGAUGAGGACAAAAGGAUGCCUAACUGUAUAUCAGCAGAUCAGCUACAACUGUACACCAGCAGGGUGGAGCUAGACAAGAGGGGUUUCUGAUGAAGUGGCCGGUGAGUGUGUAUGUUCAAAGCAACAGGUCAUGGAAUGUUUAUUGUUCUGCAAGUGUAGCAUCACCUCUUUGUGAAAAGAUUUCAUGUUUUUAUGAAUGACAGAGCAGAUAGUAUCUACCCAGUCAGCUGGACUGUAAAGACUACUGUCGCUAACAGGAAAGAACAGCAGUGCCAAAGAAAGCAUUCAAACAGUUGAUGGCACUUUGGGGGCAGCUUAGCAGAUCUAGUAGCUCAGCUGAGCUGACAAAUACACCCUUUUGUUCCAACUGUUGAUUGGACUAGAUUGGACAAACUUCUAACUACUUUCAGUCAUUUGCAGUAUAAAAUCCAAAAGUGUGACCACACACAUACAAAAUAUAUAUUGUUUCAGAUUAUUAAAACAUUUGAAAUAUCCAUUUAAAAACUCAAAACAUAUGCGGCAGUUUCACAUUUAAGCUAUCCAACUUAGCAACUGUAACUAUAAAAAGAACACAUUUCUGGGUGGUCAGUUUGUGAUUUUCAGCUGUUGUCUGCCGCAUGCCACAUCUUUACAUGUUACAACUGGCUAUUCAAACAGACGAUGCAUUGAGCGGUCACUUUUUUCACCUGUCCAGUCUGGCACAUGACUGGCCCAACAUGCUCGGAGUGGAUAAAUUUGUCCUGUCGACAUUUUGAAAGGCUGAUUUUUGAAGCACAACAGUGAGCGAUGACCUAUAGUUAAUAAUUGCAUUCAUUUACAUGAAUCCUCUCACCAGUAGCACCUGUGUGAACUUAGCCGUGCUGAAUGCAGCCUUAAUUAAGUGUUGUAACCGAACCCUUUUCCAUAAUGUAUGUUUCAGGCUCCGCCUUAUGCAGAUGAUAUCAGAUACCUCAUUGUUAUUUUUAGCUUCUGGUUUCCAGUGAGCUGUUAAUAGAUAAAAGAAAAAAAAAAUGGUGCCCCGUUCGGUGGUGAUGUUCUGGAUUAGUUCUGCUUUUACAGAAUGUGGUUUGUAUGUUUUUUUUGUUUUGUUUUGUUUUUUUUUGUUUGUUUGUUUUUUUUGGUUUGUGUUUAUCAUUGUUGUUUGCUGUAAUACCAAAAAUGUCCCCACCACUCACUUUAAUUAAUGCAUAAUAUUUCCAAUAACAUGAGCUGUUUUCACUGGAAGUUGAUUUGUUAAGCUCAUGAUAUUUGAUUCUCUGAGAACGUUUCCUUUGCUGUAUGUAGUAACAAUGGAGACUUUAAGCAGAGAUGGCAGCAGGGACGGGUACAAAGGCUAAAAAAAAAUGUGCUUUUCCAUCUGCGCAAAUUUGGAUCGCAGCUUUUUGCGACUCUAACCUGCUUUUCAACUACGGCAAAAACAACAGCUGACAUUGCGUGACAUUUCAGCGAGUUAAUUUCAUGCUUCUGAUGUGUUUAGAAUAUGAAAUUCAUUUGCAAUAGAUUUGGCAUACUAGAGGGUACCGGACUACCACUAUUCAGGUAUUCAUUUUGGUUCAUCAUGGGACAAGGGAGAAAAUAUACAGGCUAAAAAUUCAUAAAUUUUAUGUUUUAACAGGGCUGUAAAAUAGUGCCUGAACAUGAGCCCUUGCCAAGGAUGUGACAGUGAAGAUAGCGUAGCUAGCUCUGGCACAGCUUUUUCACCAACUAGGCUAACUACUCUAGCUGAUGUUAGCCUGGCCCAGAAACAGUGGAAAGUAUAUUUCUUUGACAGACUAACAUGUUGGCAUAUCGUGCACAGAGGAGAAAAGACCUUGUGAAAAAGAUGGAGUCUUCAUGAGCUUCCAACUUUGUUAGCUGUACUGUUAGCGUUAGCGCAUUAGCUCAUCUAAAGAGGCAGCGUUCAGGACUCUCCCAAAAUCCACAGAUUUCCUUCUGCUAAUUGUGAAUUAUAUGUUUUCAUAUUUCGGCUUGCCAAAACCAGUGCCACAAACUGAAAAUUAUGCCUGCGGCCGUAUACUUAUUUUGGCUGAAGUUCAUUUUUUAACCAUUUUUGUUGCUUCUCUUCCUUGUGGUUAAUCACACUAACUCUUACUGGAAUCUAACUGGAAUUUGUAAAGUAGUCACACAUCCCUACAUUAGAUAACAACACUAUUCCUUCAGUGAAUUUCAAAGACACUGCUUAAAGCAGCACUAUGUAGGAUUUGAAGAUUUGGAGACCUCUCUGGUGGAAUUAUGUAACUGUGCAUAACAUACGGUAGAACUUUUUGGGUUUUCCAGCCGUCCUGUUGUUGCUCACUACCUUUUGUUUCCAUGCUAACACAGAUUUCGCCCUCCCAGCAGCUGCUUAAAGUCCCUGUUGUCUUAAAAUGUUGGUGUUUUUGUACCUAAAAAUGAAAUAUGUCCCGGAAAUGGCAUAACAUUUGAAUCUUAACCUGUUAGAGUGCUAGUUCAGUAGCAUUCAAAUGACAAUGCAUAGUUAUAAAGUAUUUGAACACAGUCUGUUGCAAAGGACGCCUGUGACUGAAAAGACAGACAGAUGCUAACUAGCUAACUAGGCUAACUACUCUAGCUGAUGUUAGCGAGGUCCAAAAACAGUGUAAAUAUAUUUCUCUGACAAACUAGCUGGUUGGCACAUCGUCCACUGAGGAGAAAAGACCUUGUUAGCAUCCCACUCAGCUGUAGUGUUAGCGUUAGCUUGUAGCUCAUCUGAAGAGGCCUUCAUUACUCAUCUGAGACCAAUAUCUGCUGCUUUUUCUUGGCUGUUUUUGAAUAAUAAAACACGUUUUCAGAUUUUAGCUUCUUAAAACCAGUGCUAACGUCUAGGAAGUAAGCCUACAGCCUUACACAAUUUUAUUUUCUUUUUUUUUUUGUUAAUGUUUCCUUCCCUGCAGGUAACCAGAUAAUCGUUCAUUAUCAUGUACGGAUAGAAUUUACAACGUCAGAAUACACACUAGAUAACAGUAUUUCAAUUGAUUCAGCACAAAAUUUUAAAGCAAACACUUUGGACAAACACUUUGGUCAGCUGUCUUGUUAGAGUUUUUGCUCACUGCUUUUAGGUUUCUAUGCUAAUGCAGAGUUAGCAUUCCCUGUAGCUGUCGAUGCUCAAAGUCCCUAAUGUGCUAAAAUGUAGGUGUUUUUGUACCUAAAACAAAAAUAUGUCCCAGAGUUGCCAUAACAUUUUAGUCUUGGGCCAUUAGAUUGCUGCUUCGAAAGUUGAAAAAAGGCACAACCCAUACUGUAUAGUAUUAUGUUCAGUCAUUUAUAGUCUUUCCUGAGGUAUGACUGACCGUUUCCCCACUUAUUUGAAGUGUUGCCACACAUUUAAGAUCAUGCUUUUGUACUAAGAACAUCUAAAUCUGGUUAAUCUUAGUUUUUUAAUGUGUUAGACACUGUAGUUCUAUAUAAAUGUGGGUUUAGGGGUGAAAUGACUUGAAUAUUUUUUGAUUAUGCUACAUUUAGAAACUUGAAAGUAACUUGUAGUCUAUUUUAUAUACAUGUGCUCUUCACACAGCUGCCACCGCUGCAGUGCUGACGUCGGGCCUUUAGAGGUUACAGACACUGAGUGUGUGAACUAAUUGUGUACUUUUCACUUCAGUAGUGACGUGAAAGCCACCUCAGAUAUUUAAAAGUGGUCAAAUAUGGUUCAAUGUUUGGCCCAAAGGAACGAACCUGAGAGCUGUGUGGUCUGUAGAGACGCAGCCUGCAGUAUUAGCACAGAAAAUGGGGUGUUUGUGUAUGUGUGUGGGUUAUUUUUCCAAGAAUGAAAAAGUAGAGCCAUAUAUUUUCACAGUGUAAGAGUAUCUGAGAAGUAAAUCAGGGUUGAUUGGACCACUCUUGGUCUGUAGCUUCACUAAAGUGGAUCCAGCUAAGUGUGUGGGUUAAGCAGAGGCUUUGUGUGCUUUAAGGUGAGUAUUUUUCUUUCCCGGUUGUUGAAGGUCCUGUUAUUUGUUGUACCUCUCUGAUAUUUCUCUAUCAGAGUAGCAUUCCUGUCUGUGUGAAAUCCGGUCGUGUGGAGAACCUUAACGGACUUUGAAUACCACUGAAAUAAAGGCAACCUAAUGUUUCUA